CCCGGCAGUCGGCAACAGUUCUCGCUAGAAACUCAAUCCGAACACUUUCGAUUCCCUCAGUCAAUACAGACCAAACCCAUUUACACAAAAUGUUCAAGUUGGUGGUAUUGUCUGCUCUCCUCGCCGUAGCUGCUGCCCGUCCCGGUCACCUGCUGGAGUCCCCGGUGGUCUAUGCCGCCCCGGCUGCCACGACCAUCGUCCAGGAGCCGGUCCUCGCCAAGGUGGGUGCUGUGGUGAAGAGCGUGCCCACUGCCGUUAGCCACCAGAGCCAGUCGGUGGUCCACAGCUCCGCCCAUAUUGUGGAGGAUGUGGUGGCCCCCGUCAUCAAGUCCACCCCGGUGGUGAGCUACGCCGCCGCUGUUCCGGCCCCCGUCGUCCACACCGCCUACGCCGCCCCUGCCCCCGUGGUGCACACCUCCUAUGCCGCUGCUGCUCCCGUCCUGGCCAGUUCUUACGCCGCUGUGGCUCCUGUUGCCCAUGUGGCCGCUUCCUCCCCGCUGACCUACACUGCCACCGGUGUGUGGAAGUCCGUCUCUUGUCGCAGUCGAAGAAGCCCAACCCAAACCCAAACCAAAAUGUUCAAGCUGUUCGUUUUCACCGCUCUGCUGGCCGUUGCUGCCGCCAAGCCCGGUCACCUGGCCGCCGCUCCCCUGGUCUACAGCGCCCCCGCUACCACCUACGUCCAGGAGGCUGGCCUCGCCAAGGUCGGUGCCGUGGUGAAGAGCGUGCCCACCGCCGUUUCCCACCAGAGCGUCACCCAGGUGCACAGCACCCCCGUCGUGGAGGAAGUGGUGGCUCCCGUGGUGAAGACCACAGCCGUCCACACCGCAGCUCCCGUGGUGGCCGCCGCUCCCGUCGUCGCCGCUGCCCCUCUCGUCAAGAGCGUGGCCCCCGUCGCCUACUCUGCUCCUGUGGCCUACUCCGCUCCUUUGACCUACUCCGCCCCCCUGACCUACUCAGCCCCCCUGUCUUACUCCGCCCCUCUGACCUACGCCGCUCCCGCUCCCCUGCUGCACAACGCUCCCCUCACCUACGCCGCCAGUGCCUGGUAAAAAAUUAGCAAAAACGACAAAAAGUGAGAACGAAAGAUUUUGAUCUGUGCCUUGUUGAUUUGUGUGAGAAAAAAUCAAACAAAUAAAACUAAAUGUGAAUGUUAAAA